AUGCAACAGUCGUUUAUGAUGUUCCGCUUGCGGGCAUUGUCAGCGGUCUCAUUUGGCCUGUCACAGUUGCCCAGGCGUUAUCACAGCGGGGCAGGACGAUGGGCGGGUCGACGCAGGCUCAUGCUGGCGGCUCUGGCAGGAGUCACUGGAACCUCUGUCACUGCGGGACUCAUGUGGACUAGGGCUUACGCAGACGCCGGGCCUUCAGUCCAACACACAGAACCACAGAGGAAAGAAGAAGCUGACUUUUAUGAAAAAUCUGUGGCGGAGUCUGAUCAGUCGGUGGAGGCUAGUUCUGGAGAUGAGGAAUCUAAAGAGGAGGGUGAAGGAGGCAGGAAGAAGAAACCGCGCUCAGGAUUUCGUGACCGCAAGGUGAUGGAGUACGAGAACAGAAUAAGAGCCUACUCGACACCAGACAAGAUUUUCCGGUACUUUGCCACUCUGAAGGUCAUCAGCGAACACGGGGACUCGGAAGUCUACAUGACGCCCCAAGACUUCAUACGCUCCAUCACUCCUAAUGAGAAGCAGCCAGAGAACCUGGGCCUGGAUCAAUUCACUGUUAAGCGCUAUGACGGAAAGGACUUCUGGCAGAAAAUAGCCCAAGAAAGAGAGAGGUUUGCAGAUGAGGACAGCAUUUUUUACACACUGGGGGAAUGUGGCCUUAUCUCCUUCUCAGACUACAUUUUUCUCACCACUGUUCUGUCCACUCCCCAGAGGAACUUUGAGAUCGCCUUCAAGAUGUUCGACCUCAACGGUGACGGAGAGGUGGACCUGGAGGAGUUUGAGCAGGUGCAGAGUAUAAUCCGCUCUCAGACCAGUAUGGGCAUGAGGCACCGUGACCGCUCCACCACAGGAAACACCCUGAAGACGGCCGGCUGCAGCUCGGCACUCACCACAUACUUCUUUGGAGAAGAUUUAAAAGGCAAACUUACAAUCGGGAGCUUCCUGGAGUUUCAGAGGAAACUGCAGCAUGAUGUUCUCAAACUUGAGUUUGAGAGAAAUGACCCAAUGGACGGCAGAAUCACCGAGCGACAGUUUGGGGGCAUGCUGCUGGCCUACAGUGGAGUCCAGUCUCGUAAACUCAAGCUGAUGCAAAAGGGUUUGAAGAAGAUGUUCAAAGAUGCACAGGGCAUCACAUUUGAGGAGGUGGAGAACUUCUUCACAUUCCUCAAGAACGUGAAUGACGUGGACACCGCUCUGAGCUUCUACCACAUGGCAGGAGCCUCUAUAGACAAAGUGACCAUGAAGCAGGUGGCGAGGACGGUGGCCAAAGUGGAGCUAUCGGAUCAUGUGUGUGACGUCGUGUUUGCGCUGUUUGAUUGUGAUGGGAACGGAGAGCUCAGUAACAAGGAGUUCAUUGCCAUCAUGAAGCAACGGCUGAUGCGUGGCCUGGAGAAACCCAAAGACAUGGGCUUCACUCGACUGGUGCGGGCCAUGUGGAAGUGUGCCCAGGACACGGCCUGGGACUUUGCCUCGCCAAAGACAUAA